GUGGUUUCUGGGCGCUGCUUGGUCCUCCGAAGUGGCGCACGGUUUGUUUGAUUUUAAGCAAUAAUGACAACCUUAAGUUAUUCAGAAGUUACUUUUGGAACUUAAAUACACCUUGCGACGUGCCUGCGCCAGUUUAUGAAGACAAAACUUGAGUUGGAGAAGAACCGUGAUCUGUCGGGCCGCUUCUGGAGUAUUGACUACAUUACAGAUGGUCUGCAGCUGAGCUGAAAUCAAGCCACAUUUGGCUUCCACCCUUCUUCAUUUAAAAACAUGGCAGAUAGUUUCUACAAAUUGGAAGAUGAAGCCUUCCCCAGUUUCCUCUGCAAGUCUCUGGACAGCACCAGUGGCCGCGCCACACUGGGGAAUGUGACAUUGGGUUCAGGCCCAGGACUUCCAGUGGCUGCCUCUACAGUGGCUAAAAUUAGACCUGUGUCUGACAACAGAGGAGAUCCUGUUGAGGCGUCAUAUCUGGAGGGCAGAGAGCUGCAGCAGGCCAACUCAUCCGUUCAACAGCCCAAGUUUUCCCUAAGCUUUAAAGAUGACUUGGACAAUGCGGAUGACUUCAUUGCAGCCCACCGUCUUUCAGACAUGCUGGUAAAGAUUAAUCUGGAUGAGUGCGCAUCUAGAAACCAGAGCACCAUGGUGGGGCUUCCUCCCACACAGAUGGACUCCAUCCAUGGCCGGCCCACAGAGCUCGGAACAGAGCUGUCAAUGGGCCUGUUGACAUUUGCCCAGUUUGGACAUAAAGACAGUACAGAUGCAAAGGUCCAGCUCUUACCAGCUACAGCUGACAAUGUGGAGAGUGACGGAGUGGACAGUGACCAUUUCAGUGGCAGUAACUCAAGCUUCCUGGCAAAUGAGAAGCUCAUGUCUGUGGAUAGUAUGAACAGCGACAUCACAGAUGAUGACAUUGAUUCGAACAACCUGCCUGAUGACGAGCUGGAGCUGUAUUUCAAUAAGCUGGUGCCUCCUGCCAUGCAAAGAGGCAGAGUAGAGGGCCAGGAGAUUCCUGCAACAGGACUGCAGGGUGCUGCUGAUGACGUAUCAAACCCAAGUUCUACAGAACCAGAACAUUAUAGACACUACUUCCUUGAUGAUUACGAUCAGGAGGACUUCCAGAUGCCGGAUGUACGUCUGGCGGCCACAGGUAUGGACUCCUGUCCUGCCAGUGAUGAGGACACUGAGGAUGAGCUGGAGUCUGCCAGGAGGAGCAGCAACACUACCAGAACACGGCUGCUGCCCAGCACCUCCAGACAACUGGUUGGAGAGAGUAAUCGUCCCAGUUUUAGGCCGGGCUUAGAGGGAGGCAGUUCUGAUGAUGAGGCCUCUAGUGGCCGCGGCGGUCCAUCUCUGUCUGGGAUUGAACACAGACGAUCUGCUGAGGGACAAGUCAUCAACCCUCCGGUCACAGGGGAUGGAGGAGGUGGCGAUGGGAGUAGUGGGAGUGAGGAAAGCGGAAAUGACGGUGGAGUCUCAACCAUCCCUCUCCCAACAACUAACGCCCAGACCACCUAUGAUGUCCUGCGCGGGCUGGGGAUUGUGGGUAGCAGUGCUGUUGGUGAAGAUGAGGAUGCCGAGCUGCAUAAUCUGCCAGGACAUGGGAGGAACAGUCUUUCCAGACAUACUGAGAUGGGUGACCGUGUGGGCCCUGUAGGAACAGGAGAGACUAGCUCCUCUUUGGGGGCAUCAGGGGGAACUCAGAGGCUUUCUCCCGUCAACUGGAGCAUGGUCCUGGACCGACAGGAGGCAUUGGAUGCAAUGGAAAGCACGGAGUCUGGGCCCACGAGUGACCGACUGUUGGACUCGGUCUACCUAAGGAGUGGAGCUGGACUCAGGAGACCUCAGAACUCUGCAAACCUAACUGCCUCCCACCUUCAAGGCACCCAGGGGAGCUUCCACCUCUCCCAGGUUCUGCUCCCAGAAUGCGAUGAGGAUGAUGAUGAGGAUGAAGAAGUAGAUGAGCCUGAUGGUGCCAGGCAUUCUUUGGGCUUAAGGGGUGGGCCUUGUGGUGACGUGACUGGUGCAGAGGCUUCAGGCAAUACCAGUGAGGAUGAUAACAAUCCUCUUUCCACCUCCCUGGAAGCCAAGUAUUUCUCCCAGAGCUUCCACCAAGAACAAGAAGAUUCAGAUGAUGGGUGGAACCAUUGCCCAGAAAACCUGGAGCUGGAGUUUCAACAAGGUGCCAAUGCCACUCAGAGCGUGGUCUACCAGAAUGAAGAAGGGCAGUGGGUGACAGACCUGGCAUAUUACUCCUCCUUCAAGAAAGAGGUUGAUGGGAAGAUGUCAGAGAACGUUGGCCAGUUUCAGAAUGAUGACUUUGUUCCUUUGAGUGAUGCUAUGGAAAAGAUAGUCAAGGAUCAAGAGGAAUUUGAAAAGGAGCACCAAUUCAUGCAGGAGGAGAAGAUUGAACCAGCCAGCAGCAACAGCACCUUUCAUAGUGACUCAUCUUGGAAAAUCCCCUCCAGCAACCACAUCCUGAUGAGGGCUUCCCAGGUCUCCUCACAGUUAAAAGAGGGGGACCAAAGCUACCUGCGACUGUCUUUUGGGCAGUUUAUUGGACAACGCUCUGAAGCCAUGGGCUGUCUAGGCAGCACUGAUGAUGUGGAUGGGAUUAAACGGCCGUCCUUUGGCUACAUCAUUACCUCUCCAGAGAAGAGGGAACCAUUUGCUCUAAUUCACCCCUCAGAGUUCUCAGCAAGAGACAGCCCGCCUCACAGUGACACCAUGGAAGUCAGUGAAGCAGACAAAACUCUCAACCCAGACGACCUGGACAAAACUCUUGAGGCUCCAGGUGAAAGGAUGUCACCGAAAGGUGAUACUGAUCCAGAACCAUGUAAACAGGAGGACCAUUCUGUUCGAGCUGUACUGCCUGAUCACACUGAGGGCUCUGGCUCUGAGUCAAGCUUGGGUAACCAAAGCUGCGUGUCCCCCGACAAUAACAGCAGCCAUCUGAUGCUGAGCAUCAGCACGAUUGCUUCAGCCAUUGCUGAUGCAUCCAUCAGCACUGACCCAUCGCAGCUGGCUGCCAUGAUCAUGGAGCUGUCCAAGAGGAGUAGGGCGAGGAAUCGAUCUGAGUCUGCAGGACCUGUUGGACCUGCUGUCAGCAGCACCGAGGAGCCACACUUAGCUGAACAUAUCCUCCCAGAGCCUUAUCAGAGCGUCUUGGAAACACUGCAGAGAAGCACCUGUGUUGGAGAGCUGAGUGCCUUCAACAUGGAGAAAUACCUGAAAAAAACUGAUGUGUCAGGCAGCAGUGAUGCCUCUGUUGCCCAGACUACGUUUGACCUAACCGGCUGGGCUGACAACCUCAACAGCUCUCAAAGGAGCCAUCAGGGUGGAUAUCCUGAUGAACAGGGGAGCUCAGGUCAGCGAGUGGACAGUGAUACUCAACAGAAGCUCACAAGUACCAAAGCGGAGGAGAAAGACAGAAGAGCAGAGACAACAUUAAACACUAACUCAUCUAUAGCGUGUCUUUCAAAUGCUUUAUCACCAGGUCAUAAGGUUGACUCAAAAAGAAGCUCUAUUCCUCGUCCUCGUACAUCUUCCGGCUCUGCCAGAAGGUCUGUGGCCUCAGAGCUACCUUCCACUCUCAAGCCCCCUGCAGACAAAAUGGCAGUGUUUAGUAAUGCUGCUUCUGCCACCAAGACUUGUGGUUCCUCAGGCAGGGCCCUCACAGAAGAUGGAGUCAAGCCAGGAGAACUAAACCCACAAGCAUCCAACAAUAUUAGGUCUUCCUUAGAAUCAUCACAAAAGAUGGAUAAAAGCUCUGCCUCACCUGGCUUGCCGAGAACCCCGCCAGGUUCGAGGAAAUGGCAGUCAGGCCUGCCUUCCUUUAGAGGUUCCUCUCCUCCGCUGCAGAGGGUGAGGAGUGCAGGCCAGCAGCAGCAGCAUAAUUCCCCAGAGAAGAAACUACCACCCAGGAAUAUGGCUGUUCCACUACCCAGUAGUUCUGUGGAGAAGCAUGUUGGCUUCACUCAGCCUCCACGAGACCCUGCAUCUGAACUGCCAAAUGGUUUUCCCGAGCCAUGUGUGGAGGAGACACAGUGUAACUUCAGACCGUCCACUUCUCCACUUACUCACUCCUCUCCAAGUCAGACCUCCAUUCCUAAUGCUGAUGGUAUGGUGUCACCUACGUCGUCCAGUGGACGUCUGGCAGACAAACAUUCAGUUCUUGACCUCUCUCCUCAAUCUACCUGCUCCAGCCCUAGUCUCAGCAGGCUCACAUACAUCUCAAUGAAUGAUGGGACUGUCAUACCUACACCUCAGAGACAAAAGAAUAACUGUACCAUGGCACUGAGCACCACCAUCAUCAGAUUCAGUCCAACUCCACCUGUGGAACCAGAUAACCAGUCUAACCUCGAUAUUCUUGGUCGGCCCAAAAGUCUGGACCAAGUGCAACCACAGCAUUCUAAAAGCUUGGACCCCCUACCAGCACAGCAGUGUAAAAACCUGGAGCCCUCGUGUAGCGGCUCUGCUCUGAGCUGUACUCGCAGCCAAAGUGAAUGUAACUACCACUGCCCCAGGGACAGAACUGCCGAUCUUUCAGCAGGUUGCAGGAACCACAAACACCUGUCUGAGUCCAAUGUAAGACAGCUCACUAAAGUGGACUCGGGCUAUUGCAGUAAUCUGAACAUUCAGCAAGCUACUGGCGCUGCAGCUCCUCAGAGCUCUCAGCAGUGGGGAGCUGCUAGCUCAGCGUCAUCUUCGAUGUAUGCUGGUGGUCUUGGCAUGCCUCCGUCCUACUCAUCAGAGGGACUUCACUAUGUACCCAUCCCCAGCUUCAAGCCCCAAUGUGCUGGCUUGAUUGACCUUCCCCGCCAAGGGGAAAUGCAGUCCCUCCUCGCAGGACGCUCCCUCUUCAACCCCCAGCUGGCUCAGCAGUAUUUAGGACCUGAAGCUCCAUUACAUCGUAGUGCUUAUCAUGUGGGAGCAACAGGAAAUGGUCUUUUCAGUAUGUCCUCUACAGGUAUGCCCAACGGUGAUCUCACAGUGAGGCACGUCCAUCCCACUCCAGGUCCUUUGGGGAUUUCUGGGACUGCUGGGUCCCAUCACCUCCCAAGACCCCAUCAGAGUCAGCAGGACAUGGGGGUGAUGGGAAAACCCUACGGUCAAUAUGGCACAGAGCCACUGGUGGCAGGUGGUCUUGAGGAACUGAGAGGCCAAGUGGUGGUGCCAGAUGAACUGCGGUUCCCUUACGCCUGCUGUGUAGGCAUCGCCUCACAGACCUCCCUCAGCCUCUUCAACCCCUCUGAGAGAUGGCAGCAAGUGUCAGUCACUGUCACCAGUCUGGCUAUUGAUGGAGAGAAGGUGGAUACCUUGCCGUACCAGUGGCUUAUAGUGAAGAACAAGACGAUCAUUGGCCCUAAGACUACAGAGGAGCAGAAGGUGUUGUUCAUUCCUCCACAAGCUGGUGUCUACCAGUGUGUCCUCAAUGUUUGCUCCUGGCCUGCAUCUGCUGAGACAGAGGUUGCUGCCAGGGCCAAUAUCUUUGCUAAAAGGGUGGUGCUGGUUGCCAUAGCAGAGAAUCCUGCACUAGAGGUUGAAGUAAGCAAAUCCGGCUGGCUGGAUUUUGGAGACCUUCCAGGAGGAAGUGCCAAAUCCAUUCCUCUCAAACUGCUAAACAGGACUCAUGCUACAGUGCCCAUCCGUCUGGUCAUCAGUGCAAACGCUACAGCAUGGCGAUGCUUCACCUUUUCCAAGCACCCUGUUACCAUGACAUCUGAGGCAACGCAGCAGUCUGGACACAUGACCCCAGAGUCCUCUCCCUCGGUGAUGAAUCAUGUGAUGCAUGCCAGCUACGGAGAGAAUCCACAGAGCUUCAUGGUCUGGGUUCAUUUCAAGGCCCCUCAGAAGUACUCCGUUCCUUCAGGAGAGCUUGGUCCGGCUGACGAGUACAGUGCUCGGGUGGACAUUGAAGUGGACUCUCCUGGUCCAAGUCAUGUGAUCAGGAGUAUUCCCCUUAGGGCCAGGUCUGGAACUGCAAGGGUUCAUGCUCCUAAAGACCUGCAGACUGUCAGCCUGCCAACAGAAGCUGGUUUUAAGGAACAACUCGACUAACACCACACAGCAGCUACGGCUGCUUAUUCGUGGUCAAGACCAGGACUGUUUUCAGCUUCAGAGUAUGUUCAGUCCCGAGGAGCGUCUGACCCGACAUGGGGAGCUGUCCAUUCGUCCCAGAGAGGACGUGACCGUCCACCUGCUCUUUGCUCCCACCAGGGUGGCCUGCAUGUUGGCCAAGCUGGAGAUCAAACAGUCUGGAGUGCGGCCUUCACAGCCAGGGGUCAAGUUCACUAUUCCACUGUCGGGCUACGGUGGGACCAGCAACAUAAUCCUGGAGGACCAGAGGAAACAGGCUGACGGCUAUGUGGCGACACUGACCGAUAUAGCUGUUAGUCGUGUCAGCAAAGUUUGUCUGUGCGUGAGGAACACUGGCUCCAGAGCAGCUUUCAUCAAAGCCAUAGCCUUCUCUGAUGUGCAGAAACGAUCAGUUAUGGAACCGUCUGUCAUCAGCCUCGCCCCGUCACAGUUUGUACUGAAGGAAAGGACACAAGAGGUGAUCACUGUGCUAAUGAAGUCCACCCAGAGAGAACAGAAUCUGUGUCAGUCAGCCAAUGCACUGCUGGCUACUGUCUGUCUGUUUUGUGGAGAUGAAGUCUCCAGGCAGCAGUAUAGGAGAUUGCUUCAGAGCAAACCAGAGGCUGCAACGAAGGCUCUGUCUGAGAACAGUCUGCUGAAAAACAUAGACUUUAAUGAGAAGUUCCUGGGAGAAGAAAAUAUUACAGAGACCUAUGACCUGCCCCAGCGGCCCAAUGAAGCUCACAUCUUCUAUGGAAACAUGAGUAAGAUAGUGGUGUCGUUGCUGGGAAGUACAAAGAGCACAGACUGUGAGCAGAGCGACCACACUGAGCUGCUGCUGCCCUCUGCAAGACACAGUUCAGAGGCCGACAGUGGUUUGCCAAAUGGCAACGUGUCUCUGGACGUGCUUCCAGUGAAAGGUCCCCAAGGUCCAGCACUAAGAGUAACAGAGCCCUCCUUAAAGGCGUCAGAGCCAUUACACAGGCAUUCUGAGUCCUGGACAGUCCAUCCAGAACAACUUGUCCUUGCAGCUCCCACCAUCAAUGGUACAGCCACCACCAGUCAGGCUAAGAUCCGGAACAAUACAUCCAGAGAGCUGAGCUUUGAUUUGUCCUGGCCUGCUCACUGCCUUACCAUCACCCCUCAGCAUGGAGUUAUCGAGCCUCAGUGCCACCUGCAGAUUUUGAUCAGUCCCAACCCUUCACUAGCAACUAAAUCUGCCUUGCUGCCAUGGAGUGGACAGAUAUAUGUCCAGUGUGACGGUCAGCAGAAGUUUAUUAAGGUCCAGAUUCGUCGGGACCUGGCUCUGGAUGUGUCCGCGUCCCCAGCAGACACGACCCUGUCAGCCCUGUCCCCGCAGGUUGCCACCCCGGUGCUUCCUGUGGCCAGGCUCACCACCAAGCCCUCGCUACUACCGCAGACCCCACAGACCCCACAGGCACCUCAGGCCCUGGUGGUGAUCAGCAACAAGACAAUCAUGUUCCCCACCACUGCCUCAGGGGAAACGUCAGAGGCCCAGCUGGAGGUGCAGAAUGGGGAAGUAGAAGUGAGGUGGUACCUGUCAUCAUUUGCCCCUCCUUAUGUCAAGGGGGUUGACAACACUGGAGAUGUGUACCGGGCCACUUACACUGCUUUCAGAUGCUCCAGGGUCUCAGGCACUCUGGGAGCCCAUGAGAAGAUGCAGGUGCCCAUUACUUUCCUGCCCAGGGACAGAGGGGACUAUGCCCAGUUCUGGGACUUGGAGUGCCACCCCGUGUCUGAGCCGCAGCAGAAAACCAGAAUCCGCUUCCAGCUCUGUGGCACCGGAUUAAAGUCUGGACCAGUGGAAGGACCACAGGAAGGAGACUGCUCUCUGGUGAAGACAGAGCCCACAGUCAAGACCAGGAAGAGAACUGAUGCCUCAGCAGGCAAAACCAGCCAGGAGGAGGCUGUGCGGAGGGGUGUGUAUUCUCCACAGGAUCUCUACACCUUCCCAGCCACACGGGUGGGUGAGUCCAGCACUCUGAAGGUCAACAUCCGCAACAACUCGUCCGACACGCAUGAGCUGAAAUUUGUAAACCCUAGGGAGCCCUUCCACAUCAAGCAUUCCAAAUAUUCCCUGAGAUCCCAGCACUAUCUGAAGCUUCCCGUCCAGUUCAAGCCCAGCACUGCAGGCAGACACGCUGGCUUGCUGCUCAUCCAGUCAGAAACAAGUGGAAGUCUUGUUAUUCAGCUGACCGCUGAGGCAUUGCCUUGAAUACACCAUCUAGCAUCCUACGCCACCUCCUCACGCUGGCUGGCUGGCUUUGGGUGGAUGCUCUUCUCUUUACUAUUCAUCAUGGGACAGACGAGAGUUAACAGAGAAGAAAAGGCAAGACUGCAAACUGCUAAGGAUCAAAUAAAAGGCAACCCUGGGCUUAAAUCCGUCCUCUGGUCUUAUUUGGAGACUAUAGCUGAUUAACUGGAGAUGACUGAGACUCUACUGCCAACACAGCCCUGUCUGCCUCUGGAUGUGGCACAGGUGUCCUCAGCUGGCCCAUGAAAAAUGAUUGUGCCCGUUUGUGCCCAAAGCUGAAUGAUUUGGUCUGACUGGCUCACAAUUAGUCUGGCCCACUUUGGCAUUUCAGAGAGCUAAUGAUUUUUGUCACUUGACUCUGGAUCUGGUAUUUGCUUUAUCCCUGAGUCAUGUCACAAGGCAGCAUUGUUGUUGCCAUGGCCCCUGUCAGACAGUACCAGUUGGGAUACGUUGAGGAUUACUUUGAGUCGGUCACACAGGAAUGCCAUUGUCUCUUGUUUGGUAAUAUGGCUGUGGGGAAUUUCUUUCUUUUUUUUUUCUUUUUUUUUUUUUUCUUCUGCUUUUUUUUUUUUUUUUUUGUAAAAAUGUAAAAAUCACAAAAUGGUCCUGGACAUAGUUUUUCUUUUUUCUUUUUUUAAGAUCAAGACCACAAGAUUUAAGAAUUGUUUUUUUUUUUUGUUUUGUUUUGGUUUUUUUUUUUAAAUCACAAAUUCAGAUUCUCAAAUCAAGGUCUGUCCACAUUUCAUAAAAUGUUCCUAAUCUUCUGUACUGGUGUGGUUUCUAUGGAAAUGGCUCCUCAUCAUGCAGAGCCCAGCUGCACAGUGGCCUUUGUCAGCACCAUGUGUUGACUUCCCAGCAACCUCCAAGACUCGUUCCAAACAGUCCAGAUGUACUUAAUUUAGUCAUGAUCAGGGCAGCUCACAGCAACAUUAGGAUGGUUAAUGAUUGUUAUUACAUGCUAAAAGAGUUUACUCUGGUGGGGUUUUCGUUCGGCAGCUUGCCAGGCCUGCUCAGUAUGGUUACCAUGGCAAAACAGUGUUAAUCACUGUUCCAGUCACAGAAAAUUAGCUCCCCAUUUCCUCUUUUGGCUCUGGGGCAAAUGGCCAAAAUUGCUUGGGGGUAUUGGAUUCACAUCCAUAAUGGGUUUUGGAACUGGAAUGGCAUGGGGAAAUGUAGGUACACUUCAUCAGGGGUGUGUUGUUAAGCUGUUAGAUGCCACACAUUGGCACACUUUGGAAAUAAAAAAAACACUAGUUUUGAGCAUUAUGUUCCUGCUUGUAGAGCAAGUUUUAAUAUGAAGGCAUAUUGUCACGGGCUGCUCAACAUGCCCUGAGAGCUAUCCUGAUGUUUGGUUUACAAUUUGCACAUGCUUAAAAAAGUAUAUAAUGUAAUAUAUUGUUCUAUGUACACAUUUUAAAUAAAGUUUUGU